AUGGAUACGGCGUCAGUUGUACCAACCGAUCGGAGAGGCUCCUCACUCAAGAACGACAAUGCUACAAAGCAUGCCAAGCAACAGGCCGAGGACCCGGUUUCUCAACCUCGAUAUGCCUAUGUCAAGGCAGUGCUGCUGUAUGAAGGUAACUCGGACAGAUUGGAAGGUCGUAUCAAGGAGACUGAGGAGCUGGAAAGGUUCUUCAAGAGCCUGAACUUUGAGACAGAGAUCUUUCCUAUCCCUACCAGCAACUGCGCAUCCGCAACGUAUACUCUUGGUGCACCUAACUUACUAAUCAUACAUUAUGGUGGAGGUGAGGACAAAGACGAUGACAAGCACCCAAUCGGAUCUAGAGGACCGCAGGAUCUACCGGUAGUCUGGCGAGCCCACAGAAUAGGCAUGCCAUCCGCUAUAUGGCGCGAAAUACAAGAGGCAUUGCUCUAUGUCUGGUUUGAUGCCCUUGUCCUCUGGGAUUGUUGCUUUCCCGCUUCAGCUGCAAAAGGUGCGGGAGAACACAGAGAUAGUCCCUAUGGCCGCAUAGAACUACUCGCAGCCGCAGACAAUGGGGCCAAGACCCCACAACCAGGAGACAACUCCUUUACGAGUGUUAUGAUUUCGAGGAUGGAAGAGAUGAUUACGAAGUACGGCAGCAUCGACAUUGCCAAACUUCAUGCGUUACUAGUCCAGCCAGGACCUGACUUGUAUACCACUCCCUUCUACGUCUCUAGUCGUGCAGGCGCUUCUCAGCGGACUAUCGUGCUUGAGAAACUAAAGGCGCUAAGAAAGCAAAAGCAGAAUUUGACGAAAUGGAAACUAUAUACGAUCUCUAUUCCUAGAACUGGUCGAAUGAGAUUACCACUAAAGUCUCUUCGAUUUAAGGGUCGUCAAGAGCAGGAUGGUAGCCCUCCCUCACUGCCACCGUUUCCUCCAUACACAAGAAAGCCACUUGCACGAUUUUCGCGAGACGAGACUAUGAACUCUCUAAGCGACACGGACAGUCAAGAGCAACCAUCCGUUUUUGAUAGCAUCAAUCAAGCUCAGGAUACUCAAACAACUACCAUGGAUAUCUCCCACAUCCCUCCGGAGCCCAAAAAUCAGGUUUCGACUGUCAAUCACGACAAGACACCCGAGCAGGAGGCAUCAGUAUUCGGUAUUUCGCCGCUCCCAGCCACCGCAGGCGCUAGUGAUCCAAUCCACCUUGCGCCUGACGAGAAGGUGCCAGAUGCUAGCACCUUUACUUCUAACACUGUUAACAGCACAUUUAGCACUAAUGCUUCUUCUCACAACAAGUCUAAUGCUCUUCCCUUGCUCGCCUUCACCCCCCACGCUAAGCGAGAUACUAAGGGUGGCAUGUUUAGCAUCCCUCCAGUCAUGGGGGCCAAGAUCAAUCAAGACACUGACGAUAGCGUCUGUGUCGAAAGAGAAGACAUGUAUUCAACGGCUUCAAAUACUCGUACGGUGGACAUCAUCCUAUUUGCCCAGCGACUGACCCAUGACUCGAAAAAAAUGGCCGGUCUUGAAUGCAUUAGUGAAAUCCCGCCAUCUGAAUUCGAACUCUUGCUGAAAGUGUUCGCUGGGAGACUACAUGAAGAAUCCACAACUCCAUUCGGAUGGGAAGCAUCAAUACAGCUCCAUCGAGAAAGCGGAGUCCUUGCGGUGGUGUCCGCCACAGGACUCACACCGACGACAUCGCCCGACACGUCACACGCAGGAUGUAGUACAUGUCAGCAGUUCGGCUCCCUCUACGACGCGAUACGAGCAGCCGAUACCGAAUGGGCUGCACUGGAAAACAAGCGCGAUUCGAUUACUAAAUCUUUCGCGCGAGAGGAGCACAAGAGGACUCAUAUGGAGUUCGACAACUGGUUGAUGACUGUCGAGGCGCCCGGAUUACCAAGAGACGCGCGAGACGGACGACCUGAGAACAAGGACCUGAGCGGAGGAGACCUUACCAGUAAAAACGACGAGCAGGUGCCUGAAUUCAAGCGUCGACGAUCUCACUCUCCUACUACCCAGCGAGCUGGAGGCACAUCCGACCUAGCACCGCAUGAACAACAUGGUGCAUCGCUCUCUCUCCGGCCAUCGCCCAAACGAUCACUCAGCGCAGCAUCAUCAACAGGACGCAAGCGGCUCAAAUUCUCCGAUUCAGUUGAAUUCCACGACGAUUACAGAAGCAGUGAACAGUACCACCGACCAAGCGAAACGUACGUGCGGGGAAGAAAUGCGCCACCUGAAGGAUAUGAGUACAUGGAUACCAGCGGUUCUGGCCUAACCUUUCUCAAGUUUACCGGUAUGAAGAAGGUGGGCACCAAAUGGGUUGAGCUGAGCGGGGAAGAGCUUGCAAAGCAGAGCGAAAAAGCAAAAACGUUGGCCGAGUUGCGGAAACUUGUGACUGCAGAGAAGUCAAAUGCAGAACCAGCGGAUGGCGACCCGGUUGAUGAAGUGAGCCAGAAUGAAGGUGCUCCUCCGAAUGCUCGUGCUGCGAGACUUGCACGAAGAACCAAGGGAGCUUCAAGCGCAGAAUCAGCGCAAACUAGAGGCACGACAAGCAGACAGGGCCAGGAGACCUCACGAGAAGGGAAACAGCUACAGCUUGACAGUGCACUGGAUGGUGGUGAAGAGAGGUCCGUGAGCCCAACCCUCGCCUUAGUAGCAACAAUAACACAUGACGAUCAUCAUCAAUCGGUCGGAAGUCUGGGUCGAGUGGAGAUUAUCGGAGACAACGGUCUGGAGCGAAGAAGUGACGCUGUUCCAGAAACAGCAACCACAGCGGCGAUGUGCGCCGAUCGUGUACAACACGCGGUAAAACCCCACGAUGAGCCCCACAUGGAUACGCAAGUGACCAGUGAGGCAGAAUGCCAGGUCAAUGCAGUUCAACCACACACAAGCACUGCGGAGCCCCAACCGACAGUCCUGUCUGGACAUGGUCUGUUGCAAACCGGGCCAACGGAGGAGUCUUCCCGCAAAGGUCAUGAUGCAGCUGAAACUGGCAUACAAGAAACGUCGCCUAAUUCGCUAGGUUUGCAACCAACACUGACCAAUCACGAUGAUUCCAAGACGGCAAGCACGAAAAGCUUUGGUCAGUCUCCAGGCGCUCGUCGCGUUGCUUGCGAAACUCCAGUGCAGAAGGGGGACAUCGUAGGCAACGACAUGAGACUGGCAGCUCAAACGACACCUAAUUACUUAGAGAAGGCGGUCGCGAUGGGGACUCCUCUGCAAGAGCCAUCCGCGGGGCAGGAGUGUUCAGUCACGGAUUCAAACAGAUUAUCAUCACCUGAUGAUGAGCCCCAGGUGCAGCAGGGCCAUUUGAAUGCGGCUAUCGCUAGCGUUACCAAACUGCAAGACCCUGAUCGCCACCCUGCAGCCAAAACUUCUACUGCAGAAGAGGCCCAGAUCCUAGCAGGGGGCGGGAUCGAGGAAGCUGAAAACACUUUGAGUCAGAAUCUCGCUUGA